UCAUUCAGCUGGCAUCAAUUGGAAAGCACACAUAAAGUAUCAUUAGUAGCAGUGUACUGCACACCCCAAGCCCGAGAACCUGGGAGCGGCCCCAACUUUCCCUCAACAGCUGCUCCUCGAGGCACCUAAUCCCUCAGCCAACAAACAAAUAUGCUAGACUUCACCCAAUUUUCCGCGGCGUUUCCGACCGACGGCCCCAAGCCGUACGACCAGAAUGGCAUCCGGGAAAUCGAGACCUUCCGCAAGUCGUUCGGCGGCGUCUUGUUUAUCGAUCGCGUCCUGAAGGCUCUAGGGCUCGGCGACACAGGCAAGGUGUACCCCCCCAAAGGCGAUAGCGGCCUCCGGGCGCUGCACCAGCAGAUCUGCGCCACCAAGGUUUCGCCGCACGCCAAGCUGUCCGUCUUCUACUACCUCCUCCUCGACUACGACGAGCUGCGGGGCGCGCGCUCCAACCUGGCCGAGGCGCUGGCCGAGGAGUCCGGGCUGCCGACCAACUACCAGCUCCUCAUGCGGGGGCUGUGGCACAUGGACCGCAAGGAGUUCAAGUUCGCGCUCGAGAACCUGGCGCACCCGUCGCUGCCCGCCGAGUUCGCCGACGACAUCGUCACCGUACUGGUCCGUCACGCCAAGGCGGCGGCGGCGGCCCCCCAGAGCGACGGCGACGGCGACGACGACGACAACAACAACAACAACGACGACGACUACAGCCUGGCGCUGGCCUACUACCACGCGGCGCAGCCCGUGCUGCAGACGUCGGAGGCGCUCGAGCUCCUCUUCGGCGCGCUCGCACGCACCAGCGUCUCCGAGGCCCUCUACUUCUCGCGCCGGUUCCCCGACCACGCGCGCCAGCAGCUGUUCGAGAAGCUGGUGGCCUCGGUGCUGGACCAGGCCGCCGACGCCGCCGGCGCGCGCGGCAGGGAGCUGGCCAGCCUGCCGCUGACGGGCGCCGAGGAGAAGUGGUUCCACGACUACAUCGCCGUCGGCGACGGCCGGAAAUCUAAGAAUGCCAAGACCGUCGCCCAGAUGAGGCAGCUCGUCACGGGGAGGCAUCGCGGCCCGAUCCCGGCGGGCGGCCUGGGCGGCCUGGGCGGCCAGGGCGCGGCUGUCCGAGCAGCCCGGUAGACACCUAGGCUGAGAGAACGCGAUCGUGGUUCUGGUGGUUUCCAAUUAUGCGUGCACCUGUACUAUUAAUAAAAAAAAGACGUGGGAACGGACGGCGGCAUAGCGAACGGCGUUAGGGCGUUUUCUACCAAUUACCGUGUUACGGAACUGGCAACCUACCUGCCUCUUACCUUCUUUUUUUUCUUCUUUUCUUCUUCUUUUUUUUUUAAUGUCGUAGGCUUCAUCAGACCUAAAAAGCACCAAGUCGGAAACGUGUCUCACGAUAUGUUGCUGCGGUAUCGCCAUCGGUUGUAGAAGUCUUUUACAGGGCAGGUGGC